UGACAGACAACAAUUAGCUAUUGAAGUGAGAAAGAGGAAGGAUAAAAGUUCAAUGAAGAACAGAUUUUAGAUAGCAGAAGUUUGUUCCUUUUAGCUGAGCUUCUUACAUCAUUCCAUCUUUCCUCUUUAUCUUUUUAACGUGGGGAAAAAGAAGAGAAAAGAUUUAACGGUGCAAGAAGUUCAGCUGAAAAGAAUAAAUCUCCGGUCUAACCCGCAAACGUGCCACGCGACUUCGGAUUGUUUACCGUGGAGAGGGAGUCCUCGCGGUCCUGGCCUCACUGUCAAAAAAUUCGCUUCCCUCAAACGUGAUUUUACUGGCGAUGCGAGUUUUUGAAAAUGGCUAACGUCGAAAUACUGCAAUUGGAUGUCUGGAAAGGCGACUGGGGCCUGCCAUCGGUCGACAUAGAAUGCUUGCAAGUUCUGGCAUAUGCCAAAUUCAGUGGGGUACCUUUAAAAGUAAAUCGAGCAAGCAGCCCAUUUAGCACACCAAACGGUCGAUUACCUUUGCUUAGAGUUGGUCCAUCUACUUUGGAUACGGUUAAAGAUAUAUUACCUUUUUUUCGUGAAAAGCAUUAUAAUUCUGACUAUAUAUUAAGUGAUAAGCAGUGUGCAGAUGUCAUGGCUUAUGAUGCUUUGCUUAAGGAAAAGUUAUACCCAGCCUUCCAAUUUAUAUGGUGGAUAGAUAAGAAAAAUCUAGAUGAGUUGGUCAGACCUUGGUACUGCAAGGCACUGUCUUUCCCAUUUAAUUUUUACUAUCCAGGAAAAUUUGAGCGACAAGCGCAUGCCUUGAUGCACAGCUUAUAUCCUACAGAAGAUAAUAUAAGUGUUAUUGAAAAUGAGGUAUAUUCGGAAGCACAAAAAUGUUUAACAUUAUUAUCCAUAAGACUUGGAGAUAAAGAUUUCUUUUGCGGACAACAACCCAGUACGAUAGAUGCUGUUGUGUACUCGUAUUUGGCACCAUUGCUCAAGGCUCCAUUACCAAAUCCUAUCUUGCAAAAUCAUUUAAAAGGCUGUACAAAUUUAGUGAAAUAUGUGUCGCGUAUAUCGCAAAGGUACUUUGAAGAUGAAUAUCGAACUUACGAGAAACAUAAAGCCGAGAAGAAUGAAAGAUUGAGAAGAGAUUCUGAUAGUGAAUUUCCUAACAAGAGAAGAAAUCAGAUUCUUGCUGCAUUGGUAGCUACAGUGGUAAUGGCAGGAUAUGCAUUAUCCACUGGUAUUGUAGAGGUAUCAGUAAAGGAUGACGAAAUCUCAGACGUGCCAGUGGAUUAUAUACUGAACGACGAGGAUGACGAAUAGCAGUUAGCAAAAA